UAUCGUUUCAAAUCUUGACGAUUCUGCUUCUGUUUUCAUUUAGGGUUUCUGUCGAGUGUUUGUUGUAAUUUGAAAUUGGAAUGAUGCUCUGUUUGAUGCUAAUGCGUGCGAUUAAACUGAACACAGUUCGAUUAUUGUUCCUGUAUCUAUGUUUGUUUGCUUCUUUUUCUUUGAAUGAUCGUUUUAAUAUCAUUUGUGUAGGGAUUGGAUCUUCGGAUCGAUGUAAUUUUUAACUCGUUAGGGUUUUAAUUCGUUAAGAACCGAAUGACUCAAAAUACUUAUGAACUAAAUCCAAUCAAAUCCCCGUUCAUUGGUAUGAUCUUGUAUUCUCAAUAAGAGAAAGCAAAAUGUAAUUGGAUUGUUCUUCGAGCGCCUGGCUUUAAGGACACGACAGUAAAUAGAUUUACCACUCUGUUGAGAAUUUAGUCUCUGUUCUUUGAAGUUCUUAAGAACUUUCUAUAUCGUGCUUUUCAUUCGAAGUUCAUCAAGCUUAUAGCUCCCUUUUAGAGACAGGUUUCUUUUUGUUUUCUGCCUAAUUAAAAGAGAAAGAUUGCUAUAUUUUUAGUUUUAUGUUCAAUUAAACACUCUUUGCAUACCUUAGUUAGCAUGAUUGUUUAGUCAAUCAAGUAUCUCAUAUCCAAACUUUUUCCAGGUUUGUGGUCUGUUAAGACUCUUAGAACUGCUGUUGGUUGAAAGAAUUGGAUAAUCUAGAGUAAGGAUGACAUUAUUGUCUGGAAGAAGUUUUUCAUUGAACCCCAAUGCUCCAAUCUUCGUUCCGUUUGCUCUUCGUAACGUCGAGGAUUUCUCUCCAGAAUGGUGGGAACUUGUCACGACGUCGCCGUGGUUCCAGUACUACUGGUUAAGCCAACAUCAGGAAGAUGAUUUCGACAGCAGUACCAAUGAUUUAGUCACUAAAGAAGAGUUUCUUGAUCUGGAAGAGGCGGAGUUUGAGGCUAUGGUUCAAUCAACUGAAGCAGAUGAGAAGCCUGAUAUCAAACCAACCGCUCCUAAGAAUCUCAUAAAAGGUGCAAGCCAUGAAAUGGAUGCCAAAAGAUUAUUGGAGGAUCUAGUCAUUCCAAGAUCUCCAAAGGCUCCAGUUUGUCCUGCAAAGUACAGUGAGAAGUCAGCCAAGUGCAGGAGCCCCAAACACACUCCAAGGUUCAUUCACCAGCCUCGUUGAAAAAGAGAUGCAAACUGGAUGCUGGAAGUACAAUCGUGUUCGUCGGGGUCGUGUACUCGGAACGAGUAGAAUCGUCUCGUCACACAGAUCAUGUAAGAUUCACUACUACAAGUAGAUUGAAAUUUAUUACAAGUCUUUCAUCAAUUCACCUUUGUGUAUAUAUAUGAUACCACAAGUUAUAUGUAUCAAUUGUUAAGAGUCUUGUUGUCUUUCUGUAUAGAUUUGUUCUUUCUGGUUCUCUGUUUCCAGAACUUACCAUAAUAUCAUUACUCAAUAAAGAGCCAUCUCUGUUAAUGGGUCGUUUCA